GAGGAAAACACCCUGAACCAGCCUCCGUAAUAACAGACACAAUGGCAGAUGCAAGCUUUCAGCAGGAGUUCCUGGCAACCCAUAAUGAUUUGAGAAAAAAGCACAACACACCACCAAUGGUCCUUGAUGAUGAGCUGACUGCUACAGCUCAGAAAUGGGCCGAUCACCUGCUGGCCAUAAACACGCUGAAGCACAGUGUAACUGAUGAUGGAGAGAACGUCUUCACUAUGUUCAGCUCAGCAUCCUUAACUCUUACAGGGAAAGAAGUUGUGGAGUCAUGGUACAGUGAGAUCAAGGAUUAUGACUGGAGCAGCCCUGGAUUUAACGGCAAAACCGGUCAUUUCACUCAGGUGGUGUGGAAAGCCAGCACUAAACUGGGCGUCGGCAUGGCCACCGAUGGCAAAAGGGCCUUUGUGGUGGGACAGUACCGGCCCGCUGGCAACAUGGCAGUCAAGGACUACUUCGAGAAAAACGUCCUCCCAUUAGCAUAAAAGAUGUGCAUUUUGUGGCUGGAAGAGGGAUGAAUGGAGCAGACAGUGCAUCCAGCGAUAAAGAUGGAGCACGCAAAAAGAAAAAUCUGCACACUACUGUAGCUGACCUGGACCCGCCCUGCAACCUCCAGUACAUGCUGGCUUUAUUAUUCAUGCUGUAAGCAACAAAAAAACAAUAAAACACCUUGUCUUAUGAAA